UCAGCUCAGCUCGUCGUUCGUUCACUUCGUUCAGUUCAGGUGCAAGUACGUUCUUUCUUAUCGUUCUGAUCUGGUUGCAAAAUGAUUUAUUAUUGAACUACAUUAUUCAACUUUAUCGACGGUAACAUUAUUGCAACUCAAAAGCACGAAAGGAGCCUUUUUCAAGACAAAUCCUAAACGAUGGGAAAUUCGCACAGCACCAAGAACAGCCCGACAAGUCCCGUGGAUACGCCGAAGAACGCGGUGUACCUCAAUCCGGCGGGCACUAGCAGUAAUGCAGUCGGCAAGACUAUGACCCGAACUGCGAGUGGAGCAGAUUUGCUGGAUCGCUCUCAAGCGCAGUAUCAUCCAGUGGAAAAACUUGGCAAAAUUUUAGCCAAGAAAUGCGAAGAGGCGCGUGGAAUAAACGGCAUCACCGCUGAUAUUUUUGCAAGAUACGUGUUUCCGAAGUUUCCCGAUUUGGGGAAAAAAUUAUUUCAAUAUCUGCGUCACAACAGCCACGCAAAAACCGAUCACAUGGGAGUGACUGCAUUCAGACAGCAGUGUGAGAAAUUCCUGGGGAUUCUUGAUGACUCGGUAAUACUGGAAAACUACGUUCGCAUGUUUGGCAAUCUAAGUGAAACGGAUCUUAUCAAGCCUGAAAAUUUCAAGGAUUUACUAAGAACUUGUUACAAUUUGGCUAUGGCACAUUACCAGGAUGGACCUCAAUCGUGCCUUCUGCUCGAUCGCACGCUGAACUCAGUGGUGCAGUCUUGUUUCUUUUCGAAAGAAUCACUCAGCUCCGGCUAUAUUUGCCGUUGGCUGGAAAACAAUGUUCCCCGCCUGGUGCCACCGUUGCACAAAUAUUGUGUGCAUGCCUUAAGUACUUCGCAUAGAAUUAUUAUCGACAGCAGCAUGAGAAACAACAGUGACACAGUGGUAUCGGUCAGUGCAAUCAAUGCCGGAGAGGCAAGUUAUGGGAUGGAACUGCAAACACCGAUAUUGGAAAAGGGAAGCUUUAACUUCAACAGCAAUGCAACCAUUGUAGCUGGUUCUGGAAAAGCUAUGUCUCAGGAGGAUCGGGAAAAGCUGACUAAUCAACAACCAUUGUUGCCAGUAUCGGAAGCUUGGCUUUUGGCCGGUGCUUUACCACCGAUCUAUUCAAAACCCCAGUCCGUGCAGGCUCCUCUUAACUCCGCUUCGUCCAAUUUGGCCUCCCAGAUAUUUAUGGCAAAAUUGCUUUCGAUGGUUCCGUCCCACUGGACCUUGCUGUACGACUCUCGGCAGGAUGGUGCUGGUACUAAUCGCUUUUUGCAUCACGUUCUGGGUUAUAGAGGUGCAAAUUUGGUACUAUUUCGCUGUGACGAUGGCUUGUUGUUUUGCGUAGCAAAUCCUGUCGAAUGGCGGGAAACUCAUUUGUACUUUGGUGUCGAGGAUAGUUGUUGCUUGCAGUUGCUGCCUAAAUUUAUGAUGUUAGAGAGAAAACCUAAAAGUUUGUACUUAAAUACGCACAUUCGUGGCUAUCCGAAAGGACUUCGUGCUGGGUCGGAUCCCAGAAAGCCUAUUCUUAUCGUAGACGAGCACUUCGAGAAACUUGAGCAUCGUGGUUUGCAGCAUAAAAUUUUAUCGAUCGAAGUAUGGGGCUGUGGUGAUCAACAUCAGCGAGAAGUUCAGCUGGACAUUAAAAAGUGGCAAAUUAAGGAGGCUGAACGCCAGCGAACGGUUAAAAUGACGGCAGCCGACUGGAUGGAUCAUCCGGACCGAUACCUGCUUGAGCUGGGGGGACGCCAGAAUUACAAUAACUCGUCAUCGUAGUUUUGCGCCGUCAAUUCAAUGAACUCGGUCAUCAUGAAAGUAUUUUUACCUUAUUUUUUAGUACCUUUGUACUAUGGAAGAAAGAAAUACUUAUGUGUUGUACUUAUAUUUUUACUCUACCCAACCGAGAAAAUGGCUUUAUAGCAUUUGU